AAAUUAAAUGUAUAAAGAAUAAACCAAAGUGUUCUUAGAAUAACUCUGAAUACAAUACGUUGGUAACAAGGCAAAACUAAAAGGUUUGUUUAUUUGUUUGUAUUGUUUUGUUGGGAAUCUGAUCAAUUCCAAAUAUGUUAGAAGAUAAUGUUGAUGGUCAUCGAAUGGAUGACUGGAGAAUAUGGAGUACCGCACAGACCUACCAUCCAGCAGGAGGUCUAUUCUAUUUAGGAGGAAGUGUAACCAAAACACAGAAUAUAUUUUAUUUAUUUAUUUAUUUCUUAGCAGACGCCCUUAUCCAGGGCGACUUACAAUCGUAAGCAAAUACAUUUCAAGUGUUACAAUACAAGUAAUACAAUAAGAGCAAGAAAUACAAUAACUAUUGCAGGUAUAAUGUUCGGUUUAUAAAAGUGCAGAGUUAAAACAAUGUUUUAUUUUUAAGGGGUCUGUUUAUUAAUGAUUGUUUAGUUCAUGUUGAAUUAAACAGGGAGAUUGCAUUCUCUUUGAAUUGAAAACACGUAGUUUAAUAAAGCACUGAUGUUAUCAGUAUUAACUGGGUUUAUUCUGAUGUUGCUAAAGUACACUACCAUACACGAGUAGAGGAAAAAAAAAGUUGAUGUUAGAGAGCAUAAAAUACAAUUCAAAUGAGGAAAAAGAGGUCACAAUCGAUAUCAGAGUGAUCUACAGGGAUUUCAACUUCUGCUAAGGCAUCAGAAUGCAGUGAUGCAGGAGACAAAAGCAGUGUCACUCAGAGCUACGCGAGUGAUGUGAAAUGGGAUGUUUGCACACAUGUGUACGAUGUGUUUUGUUUAUGGUGGUUACAAUUAGUUUUUUACAGAGCUUCUUGCAGGAGAGGUGAUGAUAAUUAGAUUAAUGUGAUAACUGAUACUCUCGUGUGGAAGUUCAGCACAGGACGCUGAGCUAAUAAUGGCAAUAUUGUGAUGCAAAAUAAAGUCAACUUCUCACUGUCUAAUACAGAACAGACAGUCGCAGUAGCAAAAGUAAUUAUGCACUCACAGUAAUACAAAUGCAUUGAGUACGAUUGACCAUGGGGAAACGCCCAUGUAAAUUAAUUAAAUAAAGAAUAUAUUCGCUGGCUUAAGCAUGAAGCAACCUGUGCCCUGGUUGGCGAAGUACAGUGAUUCCACGUCCUCUGCCACCCAAAGAGCUCUGGGUUGGUAGAGCUUGUGGACCACAUUCUAAAAAGGAAGCAUCAUAAACAGGUGCUCAUGAAGGUCAGGUUUAUGUGCACACACAUUUUCAUUUACUCACUGGACUAUUUUUAUAAUAGAUCCUGAUUUAUUUUGAUCUGCUAAAAAGGAUGCUGUUAUUACUUGCAGCAAGAAUAGGCAGUACUUUUAUUUCUGUAUGCGUUAUUGAGAAACAUUAACGUUUGAAUACAUUUCUUUGUAAACUUUCUUUUCAACUGUUACUGUGAUAUGUGCUCUGGAUGUCUUGCCAAGAAGGGAGAGAUCAAUGUAUGACUAACAUCUUACAGGACUGUUCUCAACCAGGUAAUAUCGUACAGUAUGUGGACGACAUACUGUUGCAAUGGGAACUGCGGAGAAGCACUAUCUGUUGCUGGAGGAGGUCUUGGAUCUCAUGGAGCACGCUGCCCUCAAAUUAAAUCUAAAGAAAGCUGCAUUAAUGAAAUCAUCUGUUUGUUUCUUAGGAGUACAGGUGGGAGCUGGAGGACACACACCUGACCCAGAAAAUAAAAAGUUGAUUAAAAAUCUGCCCCUUACAUCCUUUUUGGGCAUAUUUGGAUUCUGUCAGGACUUCAUGGAAGGAUACAGCGAACUAGCUGUCACCCUCUAUGAACACCUGCAUGGUAACCCAGGCAAGCAAGACACAUUGCAAUAGGAUCAAAGGUCACAUGCCUUGUUUGAGGCAUUAAAACAGGCACUGAUUCCAACCCCACACAGGGUCUCCAUACAAAUUAAAAAAAAAAAAAAAAGUGGGGGGUUGUGAAAUAAAAAAAAUGUUCUAGAAAGUUAUAGAAAUGCGUUCGAGUCCAUCUGUGCCCUUGCCCUGUAAUAACCUGUACUGCUUGUAUAAUUUGUUUCUGUACUGUUUAUCUAACUUGUUUUCGUACUGCUCAACUAACUUGUUUUUGUACCGCUUAUCUAUCUUGUUUGUCUCAGAAUGUUAUGGGAAAAGGGAUAGCUUACAGAAAUGAUUCACAGGGCGAGCCUCGAGAAAGUGAUCUGGCCAAUUACUCUCUCGCACGCGGAAGCCUAACUUGGUAAGCUAUAAAGGACGGGUUCCCCCCCUGCUCUGGUGAGAGUCAGCCGUGGGGAUAUGCGCAGUCCUGCUCGGUAUUUUUGGAGACAGCUGCUUUCUCUUACUAGGGUCGAGGGGCUCUCCCGAUCUGCUUGCAAGGGUAAGAAUUAGUUCAGUUGCGUCUCAUGGGUUGUAUUGAUCUGUGAUUAAUAUAACCUUUGUUGAGGAGAGUCGGCCGUGAGGAUUUGCGCAGUCCUGCUCGGUAGUUUUGGAGACAGCUGCUUUCUCUUACCAGGGUCGAGGGGCUCUCCCGAUCUGCUUGGAAGGGUAAGGAUUAGUUCAGUUGCGUCUCAUGGGUUGUAUUGAUCUGUGAUUAAUAUAAUCUUUGUUGAGGAGAGUCGGCCGUGAGGAUUUGCGCAGUCCUGCUCGGUAGUUUUGGAGACAGCUGCUUUCUCUUACUAGGGUCGAGGGGCUCUCCCGAUCUGCUUGCAAGGGUAAGAAUUAGUUCAGUUGCGUCUCAUGGGUUGUAUUGAUCUGUGAUUAAUAUAACCUUUGUUGAGGAGAGUCGGCCGUGAGGAUUUGCGCAGUCCUGCUCGGUAGUUUUGGAGACAGCUGCUUUCUCUUACCAGGGUCGAGGGGCUCUCCCGAUCUGCUUGGAAGGGUCCCGAGAUAAUACUGAUGGCGUUUAUGUGGAAUGGAAGCACAGUGCUGUUCAUCGGAACUGAGAGGACCAUUUCAGAAGAGUUUGUUCAGAAAGUUCCAGUACACUUGUGGGACAAUUUGGAUAUGCAAACAGUAACUGUACAUAUUAACCUGCAUAACUUUACAAUGCUUGUCCAUGAUAUGUAGUAAUUAAGCUCUACCAUAUAUCUGGAACAAGAGUGUAAGUUGCUGAGAGACGGUCAUGAGGAAGUAUCUGAAACCACAGAGACAUUCUUACAUAUGGGGAACCAUUCCGGUCUGCAUAUCAAAAGAAGAAAUAUUUAUGAUGACGUUAAAGUGACAUUUUUGGGGAUGUAAUGGGGACUGUUAAUUUCAGUUAACAUACCUGAUAAUGAAACUACGUAUUAUAAACUUGGGGUAUAGAUGUAUGAUUGGUGAAAAGAUUUGUCUUAGUUUAAAGAUACUAAAGGUAAUAUGUCAGCAAUCCUGGAGUGCAGAGAUGGGAAGGUCUCAUGUAAUUUAUUACUAAUCACAUUCAGUAAAAUAACAAAAGCUGCAAAGGUUGUACCAUUGCCCUCUAGAGGCACUGGGAGUAUGGAGUUUGUGUUGUUCAUGACACUUAAGAGUGACAUUGUUAAGACAUUGUAUCUGCCAUCCAUGUUAGGGAGGUAAAAUGGUUGGUGUCUUGCAAUGGAUUAUUUGGAGUGUUGUUAGGAACAUAAUACUAUAUUAAUAUGUACUUGUAAGGUAAUGGGACAUCCUAUGUUGAAUGGAAAUACCAAUUGAAAAUAGCUGUUCUACUGAAAAAUAUGGUUACCUAUAUUAGACAUUAAUUUUGGAAAUCAUGUGAACUUUGAAUGAUAUGCUGUAGUGUUGAAUAUGUUUAAAAUGAGGCACUAUUUUAGUAUUUGUUCAAUGCAUAGUGAUCAUUUUUGAAGUUAUAGUUUUAGGUUUUAAUCAGUCUUAAGUGCAUCAUAAGAUUGAGAUGGUCUAGAAUAUUGGAUUCUAGAAAGAUGUAAUUUAACAUACGGGUUAAAAAUAAUGAUGCACCUAAAUGUGUUAGAGCAACAUGAAUAAUUGUUAAUUAUAAAUUCAUUACAACAAGGUAUGAGUAUAAUUAAAGCAUUUUUAGGUAAUAAAAAAUAAUUGAGAAAGUGUGACCAACUGGCACAGACCAUGAUGGAUGCACUGCAGAAUAUGUUCAGAGAUGUAUAUAGGGGGAAAGUAACCGAUGUGAUGACAGUAGGAACUUGGAUAGAAAUCGUCAGCACAGAUUGUGAGAAACAGUUACCAUGGUGGAAAGAUGGCUUAGGCUGUCAGAGAUGCAAUGAUUAAAGUUAGUAGUGUGGUUCUGAUCGAGAGGAUGGGGAUCCACAGCUGGAACAUAGAGUUUAUUCUGAGAGUACUGCAGUUUCGAAUAGAAGAUGUGAUUAUGAGCUUACAGAGUUAAACCAACACUGCACCGCGUAGCUAAAGAGCAGGACGGGUGGGUGAAAUUGGGAGGCAUAGAUUGCUGUAAGGAAUUGAGUACGUCAGUAAUUUGCACUUGUUCCAUGCAGGGUGAUCCAAUUUCUUAAAACAGGGCAGUAAACCGUACUAUCGAGGUAAAAUCACUACGAAAGUAUGUCCCCCUUUGCACCCCCUACCUCGGGAAGGUAUCAUUCUCGGACCAGAACGAAAAACUGUUUUGGAUAAUGUGAAUAUAGUAUUAUCGUAUGUAAUGUAUAAUUUCAUAAAUCUAACUGUUAUGUUUGAACAGCAUUGCAAGCAACACACCAAUAUCCAGAAUUGGCUUCAAAGGGAAAUAGGUAGUACAAUAAAAGAUUACAAAGAACGAAUAGCCAAACGAAUGUAUGAAGGUAAUGAGAAACGUAGGAAGAGGAGGCUUUUUGAUGAAAUAACAGGCUGGUUUGGUGCAGGAAAUUCUGUUGCAAACAGCUGGGAUAUUUAUCAAAUGUCAAAAGGGCAAACUUGGAUAGCAAGUACUGUGGGAGAAGGAAUAGAAAGAUUGGGGAAUGGACAGAUGUAUGUAAAUCAAGGGAUUAGACUCCAGGGUACAGCUAUAUAUGAGCUAAUGGAUGGAACAGAGGGAGCCCUGCGCAAUUUGACCAAAGCAAUAGAUUGUAGAAUAUUUGCGGGUGACCUUUUAAAAAAAAUGAAGGAAGAAAUAAUGGACAUUAGGCUAAGAGUGGUACCUAGACAUGCAGAGGAGGAACUUAGGUUGAGGUUGGCAAUGAUCCACCCUGAUCAGACUGACCUCCUGGGAGCUAGUUUAGUGUGGCCAAAGGAGAAUGGCAAGGAGCCACCUGGUCACAUAGGGUUCUAUCUCUCAGUACCAUACAUGGAUCCUAAUAACCAGUAUAAAGACAGUUUGAAGAUUAGACCGAUAGGAGUACUACACAAUGAGACAGUGAUAGUUUGGGAAAAGGCUACAUGGAAAGUUCAACAAGGGAACUGGAGUGGUGUGGUGCAUGAAGCAUGCUGUUAUGAAACAAAUAGUCAUGUAGUUUGCCGGUGUCCUGCAAUCAGCGGAAUUAAUAGAAAUAUAAGCACUGAAUUAGAGGUACAUCCACUAGAGGGGUGGAAAAAAGCAGUGCAGGUUGGGAAAUAUCAAGGGUGUGUGUUGAGUAACCAUACCAAUUUUAAGUAUGGAGAUUUAACUUGUCAGACUUCUCCAGGAUUUUGUUUUGCUCCAACACAUGCAGUUCAGAUUGGAGAUACAUAUAUACCUGAACCUGAAGUAGAGGAGUUCCAAAUUACUGCUUGGUGGGAUGACACAUAUCUAGAUUCAUAUUCGGUCAUUUUUUCUCAAGUGCACAAAUUGGUUAAAAUAGCCCUACAAAGAGCGGAACAGAAGCUGCUCAAAGCUAAGGUCGAAGUUGAUUUGGCACAAUUAAAAGCCACCAUAUUGAAACGAUAUGGAUGGUCAGGGCAGGCCUUAGGGCACACUUUUGGGGAUUAUGUUGUUUUAAUAAUACUGUUAAUAAUAAUAGUAUUGAUCUUGUGGAAUAGCAUUCAGUGUUUUUGGUGGAAAAAACAACACCGACAGUUAGAAAGGACCAUUGGCAGAUGGGAAACUGUAAACUUACUGGGAGCCACCAUGAAUAAGAAAUAACACCAGUGUGCAAUGAUAUUAACUGUAUUUACUGUAUUGUUGUGUUAUUUCUAUGUUUAUUUUUCAUUUUUUGUUUUGUUGUGUUUUUGCUUAUAGCACCACACUUACAUAUAGAAACAGCGAAGGCAAGGUAGAUACCUACACAUAAUGUAGAGAUUUAGAAUGAGAGGAACAUACUUCACUAUAAUAUAUUAUACGAACAUGUUACUUGAUGUGACUACUCAGAACCAGCAAAGAGGACAUCUGAGGGCUCGGGAUCACGUCAGCAACUUGGUUGUAGCGGGUCACCCCCCUCCAUCUUAUAUUCUAAAAGUAGGGUAUGUUGGAAAACAUGGAUCGAGAAUUAAUUAGCAGUUUGCUACGCAUGUGGACUGGCAGAGCUAUACUGGUGUUCUUUUCUGAAAAGGGACUAAUAUUGCAGAUAGCAGACUGUUUGGUUCAAAUUGCAUGUACUGCUAACAAUUGAUAAGAGACCUUGCGUCUACAAGCUUCUUGUCCAACAUUGACUGCAAGCUAACAAGAUAACAAUGCUGUGGACCAGAAGGGGCCAGGCUCUAAGACUUUUGGGAAUACAAAGCAUAAAGGAGCUAAAAGGCUCCCAGGGACUGCCGUUGGACCCAAAGGUUCACAGGGAGAAUAAGAGAUAAUGCCACUGGACUCAAAGGGUCUCAGGCAAAACGGAGAGAUAGGAACAAGGAAGAUGACAAAAACCAGAUGUAUGGACCUUUUUGGGGCACCACCAGGGGUCUGAAGAAUGCACUGAGUUCAGAGGUCGUCACACUAGAUUACACACACAGACACACACACACACACACACACACACAAAAUUAAAUAUAUGGUAACAGAAUAAUGUGUUGUACCUUUUCUAUUGGUUAAGUGUCAGAGAAAGAGGAGGAGAGAGACACCUAUGCAGAAGGGUAUUUAAUGUCAUGUAAAAGAUGUAACAACUGGUAAUCGGUUCUAUACUUGGACUGGUUUCCCUGCAUGUAUGAAAUAAA